AUGGAGCACACUUCUUUCCCUAUCACGAGGCGGAUCGGGCAUCCUUAUCAGAAUAGAACACCACCAAAGAGGAAGAAACCAAGAACAUCCUUCACGAGACUUCAAAUAGCUGAAUUGGAGAAGAGGUUUCACAAACAAAAGUAUUUGGCGUCUGCGGAAAGAGCUUCAUUGGCGAAAACUUUGAAAAUGACAGACGCACAAGUUAAAACGUGGUUUCAAAACAGAAGAACGAAGUGGAGCGAAAUCAACGAAUGGCUAUGUAGAGCGGAAUCUAAAGAUAAUUAUCCUGACUUCACAACAACGUCAAAAGCAUUACCGGUCAAAUUAAUCAAGGGUAGUCACAAAUCCUAUCAGCCCUAG